UACAGAUUGCAAUUUAGAUGUCUGGACAAGAAAUACCGAAGAUAACCGACCCCAAAGCCCUCACGGGGGUAUACAAGAAGCGAGGAGCAUUCGACAAGCAGAGGAAAACGUUGUUGGAGAAUUUUAAGUCGUCGGAAACGCACUCAAACUUGUUGUUAAAAUUGAAGCUAAUGGUUGAGAGCAAGGUGAAGAAUAAUCCUGAUAUACUAAUGAAGAAUAAGGGAAAGAUGGCAGCAUUAAUCCAGGGAGAAAUCAUGAGUGAACACAAUUCCAAGGAUCUGACAAGCUUGCUAAGUAUUGUGGAUAAAGACAUCCAAGAAAAGAUCAUUGAUUCCCCUGAGUUCCACGAGUUGUUGAGGAAGGAGUUGAAGGAAGUGAAGAGGAGAGAGGAGGGCAUUACCGACGAGGAAUUCAAUAGGAUACUUGAAGAAGAGCAUCAACAAGAGCAGCAAAAGAAAGCUCAACUACAAAAGGAUAAGGAGAUUCAUAAUUCAGAUAAAGAGAGAUCUAGUUACCGUCCAAACAAAGUAACCAAAGCUCCUAGAUUCAAAUACAACAGUGUAAACACGUCGAGAAAUUCCAGCACCAAUAAAGAGGGGAAUUCGUCUGGUAAUAGUAGCACGUCGGCAGGUUCCACCAACGAGGCACCCAAAAAAGGGUUUCAUUUAAUGUAUUAAUAGUUGUUACAUAAACUGCAUAUUUAGCUGGUCUUAGUCUUCUGUAUCAAAGAUGUCAUUAGCAAUCAACAUCAAUUCUUCCACAACCUUACUCUUGUAGCUCAAGUCUUGGGGGUUCAUUGAGUUAUCGUUCAAAAUAGCUGGGCCCCAAAUAAUGGCCAAGUUCUUAACUGUCAUUCGGUUGGUGUCCGAUUUGGAUGCAACUGUAUUCAAAUGGAAUAUUAAUGCUCGUAAGGUGAAAUAGGCUCCAUCUGGUAAGUUGUACACCAAAUGGUGCAAUUUUUUGGCGAUAAAGUUUUCAUCUAGCGACUUAACAGUCUCUAUGAAUGAUUGGUAGAAUUCUUCUGUCAAUAAUGGUUCUGGUAAGCUGGCAAAAUACAACUUCAAUAAGGAUGCAAUACAGUAAAUGUCUGUGUCUAUCACAUUGGUUGGAUCAAUGUUGUUGCCUAUCAAUAAAUAAUUGGUGAACUUUUUGUCAAUAGAUUCUCUCAAGUUCUGUACAAUGGAAACAUUUCCACUCUUUCUGUAUAUACCUUCCAAUUCCAAACCAUGCGUUUCAAUAACUUCAAUACACUUUUUUACCACCAAAGGAACAUUAUCAAUUCCUGCAAAGUUGAUCAAUUCUUCAAUAGAUACUCCAAAGGUAGGUUGACUAUUGGAAGAAGUACUACUACCAAGAUUAGCAUGCGACACUUGACUCAAUGAUUUCACUCCAUUUAGCUCUGGUGUAUUUGGCUGACUGUUUGGAUCUAAUGAGUUGUAGGUGAGUGCAGUCUGGGCAUCGCUAACACCGCUUGGCAGACGUGGAGCUCCAUAUGAGUUAUUUACAUUUCCUGACCCAGAAGUGGAUAAUCCGGAAUCGUUUACGGAGUUGUUGGCAUAAUUGGUGUUACUACCCGAGCUGCUGGUUGAUUCAUAUAAGGCUGUAGAAACAGGUGGGAGAGCCAUAUUCGAUACAUUUUUAGGGUUCGAGUUGUUUAAGAAUGGUUUGUUGGACUUGGGUGGUUCAUACUUGGCCAAGGAUGGAUGGACCUUAUACUCAAUUGGCACCAAAGAAGACCUGUUUUGAGCAAACUCCUUCUCACUUCGGAGGAUGUAAUUGUAAAGGUCCUUCUCAUUAUCAACUGCGUUAGCAAGCUCCUUCAUUGAGGGUUUUGACGAUGUUAAAGGGGCCACCAAGACUCCAGAAUUCAUGAUCAAGGUCUCGUUCCAAGUGGCCAAUUUUUGCAAUUGAACAUUCAUGGCAAUGUCCAUUUCUAAAACCAAGUUCUUUAAUUUCUUAGUGUGAGUGGGUCUGUAUACCAUCAAGAUUUCAUCCUUUAAUUUCUUACAGGUAGCCACUUUGGAUCUAUAAUCUUGAUCCGCCAAGUCG